AUGGCAGAUCAAAAGCAAAGAAUCACUACCCUCCUAUUCGAUUGUGACAAUACCCUCGUUCUCUCCGAAGAGAAAGCCUUCGAAGCAUGUGCUGAAUUGGCCAAUGAAAUUCUGGAAAGCAAGGGGAAACCCGAGCGAUACACAGGAGCUCAAUUGAUGGCAGAUUUCGUCGGCCAAAACUUCCGCGGCAUGAUCACAAACUUGAAGAAUAUAUACAAAUAUGAAAUGGAUGAUGCGACAUUGGAUUCUUAUGUGCAACGCGAAUUGACUGCUGUCAUCAGAUCGUUGAAGGGGAACCCAGAUGAGAGCGGCAAGCCAACUAAGGAGAUUGUGCAACCUUGUGAAGGUGUUGACGCCGAGUUGAAGAAACUCGCGGACGCCAAGAAGCCCGAUGGGUCGAGCAAAUACUUGAUGAGUGUCGUUAGCUCGAGUGCUUACCCCCGGGUCUACGUGUCUGUUGACUUGACCAAUCAACUGCAAUACUUCGAAGACCCAAAGCCAAAGGAUGCUCCAAAAGCAGACCCAAAUUCUUUACCAAAGGAGGAAUCAAGAGUGCGUGUAUUCUCCGCCGCGACCUCUAUGAGAAAGCCAUUGUCAAAACCCGAUCCUGCUGUUUACAUCCAUGCCAUGCAAAGACUUGGAUUCAUCACCGCCAAGAAGUCAGAUAUCGGGUUGGUGGAGCCUGGAUCCGAGGAGCAAUAUGACCAAGAGUGGGCCAAAUACUCAUUGGAUCCUAAGGAGUGCGUUGCUGUUGAAGACAGCAAGUCAGGUGCAACAGCUGCCGUUGCUGCCGGUAUCCCAACGAUCGGCUACACCGGUAGCUACCCCGAGGAAGAAGUUGAGGAGAAGACAAAAAUUCUCUUAGAUGCUGGUGUUGCUGUCAUGAUGAAGCACUGGUCUGAGUUUGAGAAAUGUCUGGCCGAAGUUGAGGCUGGAGCUCAAAACACCAAGCCUGCAAAGAAAUAA